ACUAUCUUCACUAUCAUCGCAAACUCACAUUUCAAUUAACAACCAGUCGGUUAGCUUCCGUUUCUCUCUCCAAUCGAAAUGGCACGUACCAAACAAACCGCUCGCAAAUCCACCGGAGGCAAAGCUCCAAGGAAACAACUAGCAACCAAAGCCGCCCGGAAAUCUGCUCCGGCCACCGGAGGAGUGAAGAAGCCUCACAGGUUUCGUCCAGGAACUGUUGCUUUAAGAGAGAUCAGGAAGUAUCAGAAGAGCACAGAGCUUCUGAUAAGGAAACUUCCAUUCCAAAGAUUGGUUAGAGAAAUCGCUCAGGAUUUCAAAACAGAUCUCCGAUUCCAAAGCAGCGCCGUUUCUGCUCUUCAAGAAGCUGCUGAAGCUUAUCUUGUUGGUUUGUUCGAAGAUACCAACCUCUGUGCCAUUCAUGCCAAGAGAGUCACUAUCAUGCCUAAGGAUAUUCAACUCGCUCGCAGAAUCAGAGGCGAGAGAGCUUAGAUUUUGAUAUUAUGUAAUUUCGUUUUGUAGUAGUUGCACUGUUAGGGUUUGGUUCAUCUGUUAUGAAUCAUAAUUUAGGAAUAACUAUACCUACAUAUAUUCGUAAUGCUUAUUUCUCUAGGAUGAAAUUAAAACCUAAUGGUGUGUGUUAGUGUUAA